AUGGCUGCCAAAAGUCCAAGACGCAAACCUGCUCUCACCACAACAUUUGAGGACUCUGGAAUGAGCAAUUCCAGGAAACUCAAUUCCAGUAUUUCAGACGGUUCGGAGAGUCAGCGAUCCAGGACUCCCAACUGCAGCUGCCAGCUGGAAAACACAUACAGACUUCAGCCAGAGGGCCAGGGGAGGUUCCAGCGCGAGACUGUCCGUACAUUGAUGCUGCAGACACUGGAGGGUAAACUGAAGGACGUGGAGUACGACUCGUCCACGUGUGGGGACCUGUCGACGACGCUCACCAACGAGAUCAUGUUCCAGAUAAAGCAGUGCCAUUGGGAGAGGUACAAGCUGGUGGUGCAGCUCUUCGUGGGGCAGGACGAGAAGCAAGGCAUCCAGGUGGCCAGCCGGUGUGUCUGGAACGCGGACGUAGACACGAGUGCGUGCGUUACCUACAAAAACUCGUCUCUCUUUGCCGUGGCGUCAUGCUACGCCGUGUAUUUCGAAUGA